AUGGAAGUUCUUUUCCCAGUUUUGGUUUUGUCAUUCUUACUUUCAAUAUCAUAUAUUUGCUUGGGAAAGGAUUUGAUUUCCAGAACGCAAUUUCUGAAAGAUGGGGAUACCAUCGUCUCAAACGGGGGAACCUUCGAGAUGGGAUUUUUUAGCCCCAACAAUUCCUCAAACCGUUACGUAGGAAUCUGGUACAAACAAAUUCCUGGUCAGACAGUGGUUUGGGUUGCAAACAGAGACGCUCCAAUCAAGAACACAUCUUCAGCAGUCUUGAAGAUCACCCUGGGAGGCCAACUUUCACUUCUUGGAGAAAAGGGUCAGGCUGUUUGGUUUGGGAACACAUCAAGAUCGGUGCAAAAUCCGGUUGCAGAGUUGCUGGAUACUGGGAACCUUGUGGUGAGAGAUGCAGAUGAUGAAAAUCCGGAGAAUUUUCUCUGGCAAAGUUUUGAUCAUCCAACUGAUCAUUGGUUACCCGGAAUGAAGCUUGGGUGGAAUUUGCAGACUGGUCAUGAGGUUUUUUAUACAGCUUGGAAAGGUGAAAAUGACCCAGCUUCAGGCCAAUAUACAAUGCACCUGGAUCCUAAUGGAUAUCCACAAGUUAUUCUCAAGAAUGGAACAACUGAGAUUUUUAGCUCGGGUCCAUGGAAUGGUUUGUACUUUAGUGUAACAUCAGUAGAUCCGAGCAUCAGAAGCAGAAUCCAUAGCCCAAAUGGACUGGUUAUAAAUAAAAAGGAGGUUUAUUUUUCGAAUAAUCCCACUAAUGAUUUGGGCUUAUAUAGAUUUCAUGUUACAAGCAAUGGUAUUGUGAAAGUAUGGGUAUGGGAAGAUGGGAUCAAGCAAUGGGUGAUUAAUCGUAUCCACCCAUCAGAUACUUGUGGCACAUAUGGCUUGUGUGGUGGAAAUGGUGUCUGCAACAUAUAUCAAUUUCGUUUUUGUGUAUGUUUAGACAAUUUUUUGCCUAAUAAUAAUGCCACAGCCACACAAAGCUUGUCACAAGGAUGCCGCAGGAGAAAACCCCUGAGUUGCCAUAAUGGAUCUUCAUCGGAUGGAUUCCUCAAAUAUUCUGAUAUCAAAUUGCCAGAUUCAAAGCACUCUUGGUAUAAUGAAUCUAUGAGCCUUCAAGAGUGUGAACAAGUGUGCUUAAGGAAUUGCUCUUGUAUGGCUUAUUCCACCCUCAAUAUAAGCAAUGGAGGAAGUGGGUGUUUGAUUUGGUAUGAAGAUUUUGUUGAUAUGAGAACAGUACAGAAUGGACAAGACAUAUACAUCAGACUGGCUUCUUCUGAAAUAUCAGGAUUAAAAGCAGAACCCAGUCAUUCAGGCUCAUUGGGGAGGAAAACAAAAAUUCUUGUGCUUUGUUUGUUGCCGCUGGUUGUAAUAGUUCUUGUCGGGGUAUCUGGUUUUUUGUAUUUUUCCAAAAGAAAAAGGAAAGAAGAAAAGUUAAAGCAAGAAUUAGAGCUACCAAUAUUUGAUUGGUCAACAAUAUUAAGAGCUACAAAUAAUUUUUCCGAGAUAAACAAAUUAGGUCAAGAUGGAUUUGGAGCAGUGUACAAGGGUGCUUUGGAUGGGAAAGAAGAAAUAGCUGUGAAGAGGCUAUCAAAAAAUUCCACUCAAGGACUUGAGGAAUUCAAAAAUGAAGUCAUUUGUAUAGUCAAGUUACAACAUCGAAAUCUUGUCAAGCUUUUGGGGUGUUGCAUUAGCGGAGAAGAAAAGAUGUUGAUCUAUGAAUACAUGCCUAACAAAAGUUUGGACUUCUUCAUAUUUGAUCAAACAAGAAAAAAGUUACUUGAUUGGCGAAAACGCUUCAACAUAAUCAAUGGAAUUGCUCGAGGAUUAUUAUAUAUCCAUCAUGAUUCUCGACUAAGAAUUAUUCAUAGAGACCUCAAAAGUGGUAAUAUUUUGCUUGAUAUUGACUUAGACCCAAAAAUAUCCGACUUUGGUUUGGCUAGAAGUUUAGUAGGAAAUGCAACUGGAGAUAACACAAAACGAGUUGCUGGAACCCAUGGAUAUAUAUCUCCGGAAUAUGCAACACAUGGGAUCUUCUCAAUUAAAUCAGAUGUGUUUAGCUUUGGUGUUUUAGUACUAGAGAUAGUUAGCGGCAAAAGAAAUAGUGAAUUUUCAAAUGAAGAUCGAUACGAGACUCUUCCUGGGCAUGCAUGGAAGUUUUAUAAAGAAGGAGAAUCACUUACACUGGUUGAUGAGCAUAUAUCUGACUCAUAUGAUGUAGCUCAAGUCUUGAGGUCAAUUCAUGUCGGCCUUUUAUGCGUGCAACAAUCUCCAGAAGAUAGACCUAACAUGUCUUCUGUUGUUCAAAUGCUGAUUAAUGAUGUUGUGUUGCCUCAACCUAAAGAGCCUGGCUUCUUUGUCGGCAGAAGGGCUAAUGUUAGCUCAUCAGAAAGUUCUUCAAGCAAACAUGCAACAACUUCCCUAAAUGAAGUCUCAAUGUCAUCACUAUAUCCUCGAAGCUGUCUGGCAAUGGAAACUGCCCCACUGUUGUUUGUAUUUCUGUGUUUUCUUUCCAUUCUCAAGUGUUGUGUGGCUAAGGAUGCCAUUUUCUGGAACCAAACUCUCAGACAAGGAGAUACCAUCGUUUCAGCAAAUGGAGCCUUUGAGAUGGGAUUCUUUAGCCCUCCCAAUUCCCAGAAUCUUUAUGUCGGAAUCUGGUACAAAAACAUUAAUCCUCAGACUGUCUGCUGGGUUGCAAACCGAGAGAAUCCUGUCAGAAAUGCAUCAUAUUCAUCCCCAGUUCUAAGAAUGUCCAAGAAUGGCGUGCUGGAUCUUGUUGUUGACAGUAACACGACGAUAUGGUCCACUACGACGGCCAAAUCAGUUGCAAAUCCAGUUGCAAGGCUGCUGGAUUCUGGGAAUCUUGUGGUGAAAGAUCAAGGUUCUGAUAAUGGUUCUGAGAAUUUCCUGUGGCAGAGUUUUCUGUAUGCGACUGACAUGCUGUUAACAGGGAUGGGAAUGGGGAAGAAUUUUGUGACAGGGCAUGAGGUGUACCUGUCAGCAUGGAAGAGUGACAGUGAUCCAGCUCCAGGGGAUUUCAGUCUGCACUGUGAUCCUACAGGAUGGAUACAGUGUUUCGUGAGGCGAAAUGGGACGAUUGAGGUGUCGAGAUCAGGCCCGUGGAACGGGCUGGGAUGGAGUGGGGUGCCUGCUCUGAGAAGCCCCUUUUACAUAAUGAAUUUCAUAUAUGACAAGACUCAGGUUUUCAUUAGUUACACCCCAGCAAACAGCCAUUUCUUGUCUCAUCUCAUGAUUACUAAAGACGGUGUUCUGGAGCGAAAUUGGGUCGAUAAUCAGUGGCAGAGUUACCAUAGUCUUCCCCAAGAUAACUGUGAUCAAUAUGCGUUAUGCGGCCCGAAUGGCUACUGCAACAUUGAGAAAUCCCCACCCUGUGCCUGUCUGGAUAAGUUUCUGCCAAAAGAUAGUGAGGCAUGGAGAAGGCCAGACUUCUCGAAAGGGUGUGUUAGGCGGGCAGCGUUGGACUGCCACAAUACAUCCUCCGAUGGGUUUCUGAAGUUCUCCGGGAUCAAAUUGCCCGACACCAAGAAAUCCUGGUUCAAUCAGACCAUGACACUCCAAGAAUGCGAGCGAGUCUGCCUCAGGAACUGCUCCUGCACAGCUUAUUCGACGCUGAACAUAAGCGACGGGAGUGGAUGUUUGCUGUGGUUCGGAGAUUUGAUUGAUAUCCGACACCUCUCCGAAAUUGGACAAGACAUAUACAUCAGAAUGGCUUCUUCUGAGCUGCCAAUUGACAAUGGAAGAGGAAAGAAACAUACAGCUCUUGUGGUGAGCUUAUCAGCAGGAAUAGGGGCAGUUCUGGUAAUCAUCAGCCUGUUGUUAUAUUACAGGAAGAAGAAGAAGGAUUAUGACAAGCUGAAAGAAGAUUUGGAGUUGCCCCUAUUUGACUUAUCUAAAAUAACAAGAGCUACAAAUAAUUUCUCGGACGACAAUAAGCUCGGAGAGGGCGGGUUUGGGCCUGUUUACAAGGGUGUGAUGAAAGAUGGGCAAGCGAUUGCAGUGAAGCGGCUCUCAAAGGCUUCCUCGCAAGGAAUAAACGAGUUCAAGAAUGAAGUCAUCUGUAUUGCUAAGCUUCAGCAUCGGAAUCUCGUGAAGCUUUUGGGGUGUUGUAUUCAUGGAAAUGAAAAGAUGUUAAUUUACGAAUAUAUGCCUAACAAAAGCUUGGACUUGUUCAUAUUUGAUGAAACCAAAAAGAAGUUACUUGAUUGGCCUAAAUGCUUCAAUAUUAUCAUUGGAAUUGCUCGGGGCCUAUUGUAUCUACACCAAGAUUCUCAUCUAAGAAUAAUCCACAGAGACCUCAAAGCCAGCAACAUCUUGCUGGAUACCAACUUAAACCCGAAGAUAUCAGACUUUGGCUUGGCUAGAAGUGUUAAGGGGAAUGAGACUGGAGCAAAUACGAACCUAGUUGCUGGAACAUACGGGUACAUGUCACCAGAGUACGCAGUGCACGGGGCUUUCUCAGUUAAGUCAGACGUAUUCAGUUUCGGUGUGUCAGUAAUAGAAAUAGUUAGUGGGAAAAGAAACAGGGGAUUCCGCCAUCAAGAUCACUGUGAAAGCCUUCUUGGACAUGCAUGGAAGCUCUUUAUAAAUGGAAGAUCAGCUGAACUAAUAGAUGAGCAUCUAGCAGAGCCAUGUUAUUUGCCUCAAGUUCUGAGAUCGAUACACAUCGGGCUAUUGUGUGUGCAGCAACACCCCGAGGAUCGACCAAGCAUGUCUUCUAUCGUAAAAAUGUUGGACAGUGAGGACGUGUUACCUGAGCCGAAAGAGCCCGGGUUUUUCACAGAAAGUAGUAGGGUAGUUACUGAUGCUGAAUCUUCAACAGGCCAAAGAACAACAGGUUCCAUUAAUGAAUUGUCCACCACAAUGUUGUAUCCACGCUAGAGUGCAGAUUGGUUGGGACUUAGGAUUGGUUUUUAUCAGUUUUCCCAAAGUUUAAAGUUUUGUGGCUUUUUUGCUUUGAUGUCAUUGGGACAGAGAUUCUGGUGUAAAAUUUUAGUUUUUCUUGAUAGCCUAAAUUUAUUUGUUGUUGCAAUGUAAAAAAUAAAAAUAAAAAAUUAAGUUAAGUUAUUCUACUUUA